AGGGGGCAGGGCCAGGGCAGAGGCUGGCAUGGCUGGCACCGUCCUGCCCGCGCCCGCGGGCACCGACCUGGGCUGGGGCCUCGAGGGGGCCCGGUGGCGCCACAGCUGGGACUGGCCCCUCACCAGCAGUGGGGUGGGGCUGGAGAACCGGCCCCCACAGCCCUUCCCGCCCCCCGCCGCCCGCUCCACAGUCCAUGAGCCCCUGCCCCCCGGCGCGGAGCGGCCCCCGCGGGAAGAGCUGAUCCGGCGCCUGGCGACCACCACGGGCCUCUGCCACGACGUGAAAACCCACGGAGGGGUCCUGGGGCAGCCCGGCUACCUCCUGCCCGCCCCGCUGUGGAGAGUCCACGGCAACAAGGACCUCCGGGACAAGCUGCAGCUCCGCGCCUGGCGGGUCCCGCUGACCCCGGGGGGCCGGCCCAGCGAGACCCGGCACCGGUUCUGCGGCUGGCCCCACCUGCCCCCCGAGCCCGCCCACCACGCCGGCCCCCAGCCCUUCGCCCUGGCCGCCCACCACAGCGACGGCGCCUCCAAGUCCAUGGUGGCCAGCACGGAGAACAAGCCCCUGGCCGGAUCCGUCUUCUACGUCCGCGACGGGGCGGUUCUGAGCCGUCUGGACCCCUACGUCUCCGUCACCAGCCGGGACAUCCGCACCUUCACCCCGCAGGAGCUGCAGGGCUACGCCCGGAAAGACGCCCUCACCUACUGGCAGUUUGAGGGUUACCCGAAGGCCUGGGGGCACGGCCUGAGGGACCCCUCCCUGGGCAAGGACGCGGCGCCCCCCAUCCGGCCCCCCGGCCCCCCACGUGACCCCGGCCUCUUCCCCAGCCCCACCCGCCCUCCCCGCCUGCCAACGCUGGCCCCUGCUGUCCCACACCGGGGGACGCUGAGCCUGGCACAGGAGUCCUACGGGCCCCCCCGCUGUACCCCCAGCAGCCAGGGCCCCCCAGCCCGGCCCCCCACCAUCUGCCCCCCCGUAGCCGGGCCCCGGAUCCUGGCAGUGCCCCUGAUGUACCGCACGGAGUAUCAGUGUUAUGGGAGCAGCAAGCCGGGGCCUGUCUGAGGGGUCCCCCCCAUACUGUGCACCCCAACAUGCUAUGAUACGUCA